UUUUGUUUUGAAGACAACCGAAGACUUUGUGAUUAUAAAUGCAACUACACCAGAAAAAAUACUGGAAUUGAAUUUUUUUGACCCAUCAAAAAGAACAAUGGUUUUUAGUGGCGGUGUUGGGUCAGCAUUUACUAAGGAAGUACUUGAUGUAUAUGCACCCUAUUUUAAAACAUAUUCCAAUUUAAAAACAUAUAACUUUAUUUUGUUAUAUCAAGCGUAUUAUUGUACAGAAAUACUGAAAUCAACAUGUGGAGAAAUAGUUGGUAAAGUGUUUGGUCCAGGAAUUGAUAAACUUAUCACGCUGGGUUUGCCAUCAGAAAAAAUAGAAUUCAUGGGACAUUCGGCAGGAGCCCAUGUCGUUGCUGCUACAAUUAAAAAUAUGAGGACACCCGUAAAAUUAUUAAUCGGAUUAGAUCCGUCAACCACUGUUCAAACAUUUCAACGCGGUUUAGCUGAUUUUACGUUAGCUUUACGCACUGAUUCAACCGUGUUAGGUAAUAUUAAAUGGACUGCAGACUUGGAGCUGAUUGCCAAUAAAGGAAUACAUCCACAACCUGGAUGCCCAACAAAAAAUUGUGGUACUCUUGAGAAUUGUGAAUGCAGUCAUCUAUUAGCAGGCUCAUACUGGCUAAGCAUUGUUGAAAAUCAAGAUAAAGAAUUAUUUUUUGGUGUUAAAUGUAAUGAAACUGAAUGCGACGACAAUAAUGUGGUACAUAUUACGCCAAGUCUAAGAGAAAAGGGAACAUAUUAUUUUAAAACAUUAGAUUCGCAUCCGUAUGGUUCAGGAUUGAAUGGAAUCAAGAAUAUUAUACCUACGAAAAACAGUACAUUAAAAAGAGAUUUCGUAUCACUUUUAUUUAUAAUCAAUCUGUCAAAGUCUUAACUAUUUAAUUUUGUUGAGAAUUGAUCGAGGU